GUCCCGUUGGCUGCGACCCUCGUGCAGCGCAAGUGGUGGUGGCGGCCCUAUAUAACACGCGCAACGCAAAGAUUGCCCUCCAAAUCCAGACGCCUGCUAGCUUGUUAGCCAUCUCCAAGUCUCCAUCCUACACCGCAACAGCUGGCAACCAUGGCCACCACCACUUGAGGGAGCGAGAUCAGGGAGCUAGCUAGCUCGCAGCCCCGUCGCUGUCACCGCCUGGCUCCGUUCUUACCUUGGCUCGCGUUGCGGUCGAGUGAGAACAAGGUCGCCGUCGCUCCAGGCCACCGAUCCCGUCCAUCCGCACGGUUGCACCGUCGCGCUCGCGCCAUUACCCUUCACAGCUAGCUAGCCCUGUCGCCUGUCUUCGCUCUUGCCUUGUCCGGAGCUAGGUAGCUACUCGUCGCCAGCGGCGGCCAUGAGCGUCAAGGCGCCAACGUCAUCGACGGCGGCCGCCUUCUACGCGACGCUGGCUCGGGGGCUCGACGACCUGGACCGCUCGCUGGCGUCGUCGCCGUUCCUGUCGCUGCCCUCGCUCCGGGCCGCGCUGGCGCUGCUCCGCGCCGCGCACGCGGGCCUGGCGCGACUCGUCGCGUCGCUCCACCUCCCGGGGGGCGCGGCGUGGCUGGACGAGUACAUGGACGAGGCGUCCAGGCUCUGCGACGCGUGCCGCGCGCUGCGCCUCGGCGCCGCCGCCGUCGAGGGGUACGCCGGCAGCGCCGCCCAGCUCGCCUCGCUCCUCAUGCAGGCGCCCUCCAGCCCCAACCUCUCGCGCCAGCAGGUGCCGCGGGCGAUCAGCGUGUGCAGGAGGGAGGCCAUGGCGCUCAAGGAGGAGAACCGCGCGCUGGUCGAGGCGCGCGCGGAGGCGCUCGCGCUCCGCCUCAGCGAGGGCGUCCCCGCCGACGCCAAGCUGGGCGGCUUCAACGGCUUCCGCGGCGUGCUCUGCGCCACCAGGAUGCUCACCUCCUUCCUGCUCACGCUCCUCUCCUGGGGCGUGCUCCACUACUGGACCGACCCCAACGCGGGCGCCGGGGCCGCCGGGGACUGCGGCUCCUACUUCGGCGCGGCGUUCGCGUCGGCGCUGUCCCGCGCGCAGCAGCGCGCGGCGGCGGAGGCCGGCCGGUCCGUGGCCGCGGCGGGCGGCGGUGCCGGGGUGAUGAUGCACGAGUUCCGCCGCGCGCGCGCGGCCGUGGAGGAGGCGAAGGAGGCCGCGGAGCACGGCGGCGACGUGGCGGCGGCCGCGGCGGAGGUGGGCCUGCGCGCGGGCGCGCUCCGGGCCGCGUGCGAGGACGUGCUGGCGCUGAUCGACGACCUGUUCGACGAAGUGGUGGAGGCGAGGAAGAAGCUGCUGGACCUCUGCAGCGGCGGCAACUGAGCGGCCGGCUGGCCACGAGUACAGGAAACGCCAUGGCCUCCCUCAUGAGCCGCCUGCAUUGCAGUAGCAGUAGCUCAUGCCAGAGCAGGAGGGGCCCUGGUGGUUGCCAUCCUGUGUCCCUUCCUUCUUCCUCGAGUGCCUCUUGUUGCUUCUUCUCUGUAGUAGCCAUGACAGUCCUUGGGCAUGUCUGAUCAUAAAUGCACUAGCACGUACAAGUGAAUGCAAAAAGAAAAAAGAAGAAGUGAGACUUGAAAACAGUAGUGUUCUUCUAUAUGGAAGCCAACAGAUAAUCCUAGGUUUUCUGAUGAAGUGAUCAUCAAGGUUUAACUUUGGCAGGUUGACAUUCCAUGAAAUGCUAAACAAUUGUUGA